AGUAAAAAAUGAACAUGCUACGACUCAAAAAACAAGCAGCACUUGUAGUGCCAUUACUUCGCCAAUGACUGUAUAUCGAGGACCACAUAUGGCCGAUGUCAUAUUUUUCUUCAAAGUAACACUAUAUAAAGAAUCAUCGGUAACUUCCUGUCUCCAAUACAUAUUAGAAAAUGCUGUUACAAAUUUUGAGGAUAGAGAAUCAAUUCUUGAAAAUGUGAAAAGAAAGGUCCAGUCAAUCAGUGAUAAACAAUAUACACUGAGUCAUGCACGAAACAAAGCUUCCUCCAUCUGUUCUACCUUUGCCAAGGCUACUGAAAGAAAAGAAGUUAAGGAUUUGCUUGAGAGAAUAGAAAUGAAAGCAACUCAUGAUUUGAAUGAAAUCGCAUGCUAA